AUGGUGGACUUCGUGGAAUCCGCGUUCAGGAUCUCCAACGACACAGAUGAUGUAUUCAUUGCAGGAAGUGUUGGAGAACAACCUUCUCGACAGCGUGUUGUGGCCUCUGCAGUCAAAUCUCCUCCUCGUCAGAAGACUCGACUUGACACUUGGAAUUGUGGUGACCUCCAUGGAGUGGGGUAUGGAUAUGGAUACGCAGGAUAUGGAGGAAACCAUUUUCAUCUAAAUGAAGAACCCAACUUGCCACGCUCUCUUACCACCUAUGAGAUGCUGACUGACAUGCAACGUGAAGAGAUUAUUCGUUCUUUCCAUGCCAUGAGUCAGAAGGAUAUGACCCUGCUAUCUGUGGUCAGUACUGAAGAUCUUGCUGAGCAGAAUGCACUGUUGGCAGGCUUGGAGCAGAGCCUGGAUCUUUUCCCGGGUGUGAAAAUUAGUGCUGAGGUGGAAGAUGAUUCUGAUGUUACAAUUAUUUGA